UUGGUGGACAGACCUGUAAAUCUUUAAUCCACUCUCCUCCACCAUCUGCCCUGACAGUUGAGAGUCCAGACAAUAUAAAAGCAUGUCCACCAUUUCAGUCUUUGAUCCACCCCAGACUGAGAUCACAGCACAUCCUUCCUGCUUCUACAUCAUGAAGACACUGCUCGUGUUGACCUGUAUGGUGGUUGUUGCUGCCUGUACCAGCGUGCAUACAAGUAAUCCAUCACUGGACAACACCUGGAAAGAAUGGAAAAGUAGACAUGAAAAACAAUACUCAAAGGAACAAGAGAUCUACAGGCGGAUGGUAUGGGAAGACAACCUGAGCCGAAUUGAGAAGCACAACAGAGAAUAUGAGGAGGGAAAGCAUAGCUUCACCAUGGGCCUGAACCAGUUUACUGACAUGACCACAAAUGAGUUUAGGCUGUGGAUGCGGGGCAAAAACCCCUACAUGACUUGGGAGAAGAAUAGACAAUAGAAAAGGUUAUGAACAUUGGUUUGAUAUUUGAAUUAGUAUCUAAAAAUAUCUAAUAAACCUUCACUUCAGACUUA